CGCAGAGCAUUUUGGGUAGUUAUCACUGAAAACAUGGCGUCUGUUGUCAUCAGAGGUCUGUCCUUCACCAGAAAUGCAAAGGUUCUGCUUUCUCCGCUGAGAUUGUCUGCUGUUCCCGUAAAGCAUUAUGGAGUGGAAGUUUCGAAGCACGGAGAGGAGAUUACUCACACUGGGCAGGUCUAUGACGAACAUGACGUGCGAAGAGCCAGGUUUGUUGGAAGAAAGAAAGAGGUGAACAAAAACUUCGCCAUCAAAUUGGUGGCAGAGGAGCCUGUGUCUGAUGUUGAAGAUAGGGUGGUGUCUUGUGAUGGUGGCGGUGGCGCGCUGGGACACCCCAAAGUCUACAUUAAUUUGGACAAAACAACAAAAGUGGGCACAUGCGGUUAUUGUGGACUGCAGUUCAAGCAGAAGCCUCAUCACUGAAGUAACGUUCCUCCCUCUGUGGUGUUCUGACUCUGAGUAAUAAGUUAUUAACCUGUUUAAAUUAAACAGAUGCAUUAUACUUGUCUUUAAGAUGUCCUGUCCUAUACAUUAAACAAAUCCAUUCAAA